AAGUCACUUUAAAUAACUUUGGUCAUUUUUUGCAGCGUCGGCUGUAAAAACCACGUCAUUCUGUCAAACAACUCCCCUUUUUCCUCCCUGUUGGACCAACAUCCACAGUUUAGGAACAACUGGAUAAAGAGUUUUUUGGAUCAGAAGCUCAAAUCAUGAUGACCGGAUUUCGGCUGAACUUGUCGCCGCUGAAGGAGCCCCUGGGCUUCGUCAAACUGGUGGAGUGGCUCACGGCCAUAUUUGCUUUUGGAAGCUGCAGCGGGUACUCGGGGAAGAACAUCAUCUCUCUCUUCUGCGGCGAUGGCAGGAACGAAACCCUCGAUGCCAACUUUCACUACCCAUUUAGGUUAAGUCAAGUCCCGCUCAUCGAGGGAAACACCACUCUUUGUAACCACUCCGCCACGACGACGCACUUAGUGGGCGACUCGGCGUCCGCAGUAGAGUUCUUCGUUGGCAUCGCCGUCGUCUGCUUUCUGUACAGCAUGGUGGCUCUGUUGGUGUAUUUAGGCUACAUGCACGUCUACAAGGACUCUGACUUUGGACCUAUUUUUGACUUUGUGAUCACAGCGAUCCUGGUCUUCCUGUGGCUGGUGUGUUCGUCCGCCUGGGCGAAGGGCCUGCAGAAUGUGAAGUACGCCACGGACACUGAAGGCAUCAGCGCAACGCUGGACUUCUGCAAGGGGAGCAACAUCACCUGUGAGGUCACAGAGUUCGCCAGCAUGCGGCCCCUCAACAUCUCUGUGGUGUUUGGCUACCUCAACAUGUUUGUGUGGGCGGGCAACGCCUGGUUUGUGUACAAGGAGACGCGCUGGCACUCCCAGAAAUUCUCCUCUCAGCCCGGCCCUGCAAGGCAACAGGUCCCCGCUCCCAUCUAACGUACAAUAUAAAGCAACGCAGUCACAUACAUGUAGACACCACACAUAGAAAAGACACAAUUUGAGCACAUGCACAUUGUUUCUUGCAUGACCACACGUGCAAUUAUUACACAUAAAUACACAAAAAAAGCUGUGUAAGAUGAUGAAGAGAGACAAAAUGAAGGAUAAAUUGAUACUGUGUGUUUAAAAACAGAUGGUUUUGAUAUAUAUUGGAUUUGGGCCUUAUCAACACAGUAGCAGCUGUGUAGGUAGUACACAGAGCUAAAUUGGCAUUUUGUAACCCAAAAUGUAACAUAAUUCCUCUCAGUUCUAAAAAAAUGUAAAUUUCCCAAAAGAUUUCCUCCGAAGGCUUAAGCCCCUCUGCAGCAGUAGGAAGCUAGGGGAGGAGAAAGUGUUCAUGUGUAGAUUAGCUUUUGUUAUUUUCAUUUUUUUGUUACCUGUUUCUUAUACUACAGCAACACCAAUGCAACUAGUAUGUAAAUGUGCCUUCUUAAAGUAAUUCGGAGUCGGUUUCUUAUGCUUUAGUAAGCAGAAACAUGCAUACGUUAUCAUCAAAUGUGUUUAAACUUUAUAGCAAUUUUAUGGCUUGUGAGACUUGAAAGAGAGGUUUUACUCACUUCUCUGGUCUGAUUUUAGGACAAUUGCUGAAUUUAUUAUGCGUUAUUAUAUACUGAUGAAUGUAAGGUACUUAAAGCCAACAACAAGGAGCAAAAAGAUCUGCCGCAAUAGGGAUAAUGUGAUGAAGGUUGUCAGGGUAAAAGAGAGUUGUCUGUGGUGCACUAUGAAGCCGAAUACAGUGGAAGCCUCUUAUAGUAAUCACGUCUUUCCGAUUCAUGCAGAUCAUGCAGAUUACCAUCUAAUUGACAUUUGUAUAUUUAUUAUAUGGAUAUAAAAUAAUGAAACAGGCCGCUUCACUAUAAUGAAUUUUAUUGACUUUUCAGAAUACAUUGCAGCUGUUUCAAACACUUUUCAAAUUACUGUACAAAUUCAAUUACUUACUCAAGUACACUAUAAUAUAAUGCAGUGCUGUAUAUAAACUAAAGCUUACUGUUGGAGAAAUUAUAAUUAGGCUGUAGCAUAAAGUAGAAUUAUGCUACUAAGCCGCAAGUGGUGGUUUUGGUGCAUUUCUAAAUUUUUAAAAGGCCUGAAAAUAAACUGCAGGCUGUCGAUGAAAACUUGAAACAGUUUCAUAAUGCAGAAAGGUUACAGCAAGGCAAAAUAUUAUAGGAGUGAAGUGAGAAUUACCAUAGUUUAAUUGUUUUUCCCCCUUUGUUAUCAUGUAUUAAAAGAUCCCAAAUUAAUACUGUAAGCACUACUUUAUUACCUAAGGAGAAUUAUUUAAAAAGCAUCCUGUCCAAAGCUUUUUGUUCCAUACAAGGUAACUGUAAUCACUAUAAUGGUUUCCACUGUAGUCUCUAUACUAUAAUGCCAUAUCAGAAAAUGCCAUUCAUUGUAAUUUAUUGACAUGCAGUUCAUUGCAUUUGAUAUUGACCUUGAUAUUGAACCAUGCAUGUGAUAAAUGUGGAUAAAUGUGGCUUUUUUUUUGGGUCAUAUUUUGUAUAUUUUUCAGCAUCUUGUGUAUCUAGAAGAUGACUCACUGGGAUAUUCAUUCAUUCUUUCAUUCAUAGAAGAUCUCACAGUCAGCCCAUGUGCCCUCUAGUGGUGGUUGGUGGUAAAAUAUCAAAACUUGACUAGGGUUAUAAAUUUACAAACAUUUAUGAUGUGAAUCCAUAUAAAAGUCUUUAUUAGGUAACUAUCUGUCGACAAGGAGAAUGUUUAUUUCUGACAUGGACUGUGUAGCAUGGCCUCCAACCCAGAUAUCAGGAAAGUACAGUCAGUGUGUGAUGUUCUUAUCACAACAUGCACAGUGUGCUCAUAUGGUGCUUAGUAUGCUUUUAUGAUGAGAGUGUUUCAAGUGUAAAUCCAUAAAUAAUCCUUGACUGAAGGUUGUCUACUUCAUUGGUUAAAGAAAAUGUUGCUGAGAGUUUGAAAUCUUUUCUGUGUCCAAAAGCUUUGAUUUUUUUAGUUUCAUCUAAGGUACCAGAUGAAGGUUCAAUCCUUACUUGGUUGUGUAAAAAACAGUUUGUUGUUAUAAUUUUUAAUGUGACUUUUCUUUUUCACCCUUCUGCAUCACUGUCAAACAGCAACAACUCUGCCCAAGCACUAUUUUUUCCUCCCAUAUCUCCGUGUGAUGUUAAAUCCUUCAUAUUUUAAGUCUUGUGUUUUUGAUUAUCUAGUUUUUUUAUAAAUCCUUCAUGAGACACCAAACAAAGAGCUGGUGUUGUGUUUUAUAAACCGUCCGUUUUUUCCUCUUAUUUUUCAUUUUCAGUGUGUGAAGAUGAUUUGAAGGAAUUUCUGAUUUUCUUUUAUUGCUUUUUGAUAUAAUAAAUGUAAGUGAGAUGAUGUAAGUUCAUUUAACUGUGCCGAAGGACAAGGUUUAAUGAAUGUGUGUGUGUGUGUGUUUGGUGUACUGGUUAUGCCUCUUCACUUGUAUAAUCAUCCAACUAGCUAUAGCUUUGUCAAUGAUUCCUAUGCAUUUAACCUGUCUUUCAAGAGAGACUUACAUUCACUCUGUGACAUGCACAAUUUCAAUGUACCUUUGUUUUUUUCAAUAAAAAUGAAUGAUUUUUUUUUCAUUCAUCUCU